AGUGAUCGUUUUUAGAUAUUUUUUUUUUUGGUCGUCGUCGUCACUCACACGAACUAGGAAGAAUCCAUGGCGGCGACUCGCUCGCUCUUCCAUUCUCUUAGAUGUCGAUUGACGAAUAACAAUGGUGUUGUCGGCGGAAGCAAUUUCAUUCGCAACACCGGAUUCUCGAAGUCGUACAAUGCUGACGCAGCGAUCGGAGGCUCCCUUGUCGAUGAAUCUUUCGAAUCGGAGGAGAAAGACGAUCUAAGGAGCCGGAUUUUCAGAUUGAGGCUUCCGAAACGAAGCGCGACUACUGUUCUCGAGAAAUGGGUAGGUGAAGGGAAUCAGAUUACAGUCAAUGAACUUCGAGACAUCUCCAAAGAGCUUCGGAGAACUCGCCGUUACAAACACGCUCUUGAGGUUACAGAGUGGAUGGUUCACCAUGAAGAAAUUAAGAUCUCAUAUGCUGAUUACGCCUCCCGCAUUGAUCUGAUUUCGAAAGUUUUCGGGAUCGAUGCAGCUGAACGCUACUUUGAAGGUUUGCAUAUAGAUUCAAAGACAGCUGAAACAUAUACUUCUCUCCUUCAUGCUUAUGCUGGCCUCAAACAUACAGAACGAGCCGAGGCCUUGUUCAGGAGAAUCAUAGAGACCGAUGGUCUCAGUUUCGGUGCUAUCACAUACAACGAGAUGAUGACUUUAUACAUGUCAGUUGGACAAGUUGAGAAAGUACCUGAGGUUAUCCAAGUGCUCAAGGGCAAAAACGUUUCUCCGGACAUUUUUACUUACAACCUGUGGCUAAGUUCAUGUGCUGCAACUUUCAACAUUGAUGAGCUCAGAAAGAUUCUCGAAGAGAUGAGGCGUGAUGCUAGUUCCAGUGAAGGUUGGGUUCGAUAUAUAGAUCUUACUAGCAUCUACGUAAACAGUAGUAGACUAACUAAUGCUGAGUCUACCACACCCGUCGAAGCUGAGACAUCUAUUUCGCAAAGAGAAUGGGUCACAUAUGACUUCCUUAUGAUUCUGCACACUGGAUUAGGAAACAAGGGUAUGAUAGAUCAGAUUUGGAAGUCUCUGAGAAACACUAACCAGAAAUUGAGCAGCAGAAGCUACAUUUGUGUUCUUUCUUCUUAUCUAAUGCUUGGUCAUUUAAGAGAAGCCGGGGAAGUUAUUGAUCAGUGGAAGGAGUCUAAGACGACAGAGUUUGAUGCUUCUGCUUGCUCGAGGAUUUUCAAUGCUUUUCAAGAUGUCGGGUUAGAGGAAAAAGCCAGCGACUUUCACUUGCUCUUGGUUCAGAAGAAAUGCAGCUUGGAAAAUGAGGUCUCAUAAGAUUGGAGUCUCUGAGGAAUAAGUUGUGAAAUUUUUAAGCUCUUGGCAAGAAUCAGAUCAAGCUCAUCAUCAGUCAUCAUUUAGGGUGGAUGAAUAAAAUAGAGGAUCCUUCUCUACACUGUGAUUUUUUCUUGUCUUUUGUUCUUUACGUUGGAGGUCAUGAAACUCGUCGAUUUCUUCACCAGAAGAUUUUGCUUACGAAUUUUUGUUAAAAUAGAGGCAAGUCUUUUUGUAUGUUGUUUAAUAACAAGUGUAGCAUAUUCGUAAGUGUGUGUGCCUCUUUUAUUUGUUUUUAGUGUAGAAACAAUAUGAUAUUUUGAAAGCUAAAACAAAUUACUAGCAUGUAAGAAGCCUUGUUCCAUUAUUAACACUCUUAUAAGUUUAUUAUAUACAUGAACAUGAUAUACAAACAUGUUUAGACCCACGAGAGAAACAACAGAAGCAAAUAACACAAACACAUUAUAGUAGUACAAGUCCCUUGAAGAGCUAAAGAGCCAGAGAUUUUGAAAAGAACAAAAAAAAUGACAUGAUAUGGGACUGAUAGCAACAGAAGAGUAAUAA